AACGUGAAGAGAGAGAGAGAGAGAGAGAGAGAGAGAGAGAGAGAGAGAGGAUUUCAUGGCUUUGGCCCUCCAUUUCAUGGAUCUUGAGAGAGAAGCCAGAGAAGAGAAUCAAGAAGUAGACUUGAUAUAAUUGAAAAAGUAGCUGGUCAUACGUAUCCUUCUAUACUAUCUCCUACUUUUUCUCUCCCUUUACCAUCUCAUUUUCCUAUCAAUUUCGUAGCUUUCCGUGUUUUCUUUCUUCUUUUUUUCACUUUUUCUUGUUUUUCUUGUAUCCAAGAAAUCAAUAUUUUCCCCAUUUUUCUGAUGCUACCGUGAUUCGGAGUGUAGUACUCAAUACUCAUCAAACUCGCCUCUUUCUCUUUCUCUCUCUCUCUCUUCGUCUCAUGUCCUGUAUCUCUCUCUCUCUAACUUAACAUCUUCACGCGUCUCUGUACUAUAUAUCCAUGUUCAGAUCCUUUCUUUUCACUGAUUAAGGUUUUGACAUCGAGACAUUGUCGUCUAAUGACAUUUAUUGUUCUUGAUCUUCUUUAGAUCUGGAAUCCAGAUUGGGUAAUCAGUCUUUUGAGCUGCGCACCGGCGCGACGUUUCGAUUUGUUCGGAAAUUAUAAUCAAAAUAGGAACCAUAAGUAACAUGAUGGGUGGAGGGGAUGCUCCAAAAAUGCCCAAAGUUCGGCGGUCCAUGUUUGCAGCUGAAGAAGCAAGUUACCAAGGUAAUGUUGGAGGAGAAGUACCUCUGAAGAAAGGCCCUUGGACAGCAGCAGAGGAUGCAAUUUUAAUAGAUUAUGUCAAAAAAUAUGGGGAAGGAAAUUGGAAUGCAGUCCAAAAGAACUCAGGCCUUGCCCGCUGUGGGAAAAGCUGUCGUCUACGAUGGGCAAAUCACUUGAGACCAGAUUUAAGAAAGGGUACAUUUACUGAAGAGGAGGAGCGUCGAAUCAUUGAGCUCCAUGCUAAGAUGGGAAACAAGUGGGCCCGGAUGGCGACAGAGUUGCCUGGACGUACGGAUAAUGAGAUAAAGAAUUACUGGAAUACUAGAAUUAAGAGAAUGCAGCGAGCUGGAUUACCAAUUUAUCCUCCUGAGAUAUGCCAGCAGGUUCGCAGUCAGGAAAAUCCAAAUGUGGGUACACUGAUGAGUGGAGCCAGCCAGCACUCUGAUAUCCCACAAGAUGGCAACUUCAAUGUCCCUGAACUGGAAUUCAAAGAUUAUGAUUUCAGCCGGGGUUAUCUACCAUAUGGACCCUCCAUUUUAGAUAUUCCUGAAAGCAGUCUGUUUGAACAAACUGCAGGUCCGCCGCAUAAUGAUGUUUUAUUGUAUGGAAACCCCUCGAAACGCCUUAGGGAGUCAGAGAUGCUUUAUGAUAGAUUGGACAACAGUAGCAGCUAUAUGAUCCCAGCGUUUGAUAAGUUUGUGGAUUGUACUGCUGAGCCACCUCAUCUUUUGUCUUCUCCUCCAAGCAACCUGUCCCUUGAUGCCAAUGAUCAGUUUCGUGGCAAUAAUUUCCACGGCAGCCAUGCCGCUUUAAAUGGCAACACCUCUUCUUCGGCGCCCAUAUCUGAGGCAAUGAAGUUGGAGCUCCCUUCACUCCAAUAUUUAGAAACUCAACAAGGUAGCUGGGAUGCUAAUGUAUCCCCGCUUCCUUCACUGGAGUCUGUUGAUACAAUGUUUCAGCCUUCUCCAGUUGAACACUAUCAGUCAUGUACUGUUACUCCUGAUAGUAAUGGUUUGUUAGAAUCGAUCAUUUAUGAAUCCAAGCUUCCGAGAGGUUCAAGUAAUGAUUUGUUUUGGAAGACCCCUGAUGAUUGCAUGCUGAAUGUGACUAAAACUGAGACAGAAUGGGACCAACUUGGGGAUACAAAUUCACCCUUAGGUCACUCUUCUGCCUCAGUUCUUACAGAUUAUACUCCUCCUGUUAGCAUUGGCUCAGUUGACGACACCUACUUCAUCGAACACACAAAAGCGGGACAUGAUUUGAAGCAGGAAGCAGUUUCACAGGAUCCAUCAAAUGUUUCCAAGAGGAAAGAAACUUCAGGUCAGAUAGAGAUGACAAGGCCGGAUGCUUUGCUUGACAUGUGUUGGUUUGGGAACGAUACCAGUUUCCGCUAGGAAGUCAGCGAUCUUAGAUUUGUGCUUGAGGCUUAUAUUUUGGUCUUCGUUAAUGAGGUGCCUUUUCUUGCUUUGUACAUUUGCUAUGAGCCAUUAGAUUAGUUUAAGAAAUUCUGUUGCAUUUAGAAGCUACAGUUAUGAUAGAUCAGAGCCGUUAUAUCAGAUAAUCUCUCUCCAAUAACAAUUUCAAGAAUGAUGCUGCUGAUGUUGGAACAAUGGGAUUUGAAAAUUUCGUAUAUCAGAUAAGCUGACAUUAUCAAAUCCUUGAAGUUGUUGCAGCUGAUAUUGCAAGAGUGGGAUUUGAAAUUUUUUCAUAUAAAGAUAACCAGACUUAAUCAAUUUGGUGUGAAGAUGAUGAUGAUGCUGCUGGUGCUGGAAGAAUGAGAUUUGUAAAUGCUAUAGACUCAUCUGAAAUAUCCAUGUUAUUUGAUCUCAAAAUUGGGCUCAAUUGUUCAUCCUUCACUAAAGAUUUUUGCACUGCGCCCCCCCCCCCCCACACCAAAAAAAUGUUUUCAAAUCAUUGCUGUAUUCAAUGUUGUCUUGAACGUGUCAAUUGAAAAUGUGAACUUCAUGCACCGGUUCUAAUGGAUGAUAGAACAUUUUCAGUUUGUU